UUUGAGGAAGAAUGGACGACAAGCAUGUUAUUUAUUUCAUUAGUCAAGAGGAGCUACGGAAGCCGCUGUCCAGCGAUCUAAAACAUCUUCUCGAUCCAAGAAAAGAUGAACCAACAGCGUUUCUUGAAGAUGGACGAAUUAAUGAAGAAUGCACUUGUUUACACUCUGCCUUGGCUCAUCGAUGCGGUCAUCUGAUGCGGGAGGCUAUACGCUGUUUCAACUCGUCCACCAAAACCCCAAGAGGCACCGAAUGCGAAGAGGAGUUCAAAGCGCAAGCACUUUGCGUAAGGAAGUAUGGAGGAGAGAAGGAAUCUUGGCAUAAUGAGCCGCGAAUAUAGAGUUUGCCGUGUUAGACAUAAUUGGACCAUCAAUCAGACCAGCCAAAUUUUUGAU